GACGUCAUUUUAGGCCCAGUUCAACCGGAAUUAUUCACGGAAGCUGGCAGUCGAACAUCUCGUUAGCUAACUUUUUUUGUUUGUUAAAACGACUUGAUGGUUAGCUACUGUAGCUAGAUGAAUUGGUGUGGAAAGACGUUAAAUUCGUAGUAAAGUCUUAUAAAAAUGGGCGACCUUGACUCUGGUAUAGUAUAUGUGCGCGACAGAGGACAACUUCGUCGCGUCAAUAACAUUGUGCUCGCUGAGACGAAGCCGCCUUCAUCAUCAUCAUCAUCACACAGAACAACAAACCCUCUGGCGUUGAAAAAAGAGCACUUCGUCUUCACCUAUAAUAAAGAAGGCAGUUUGAAGUACACUGCCAAAUCCCUUUACGACAUAUCUCUGCUGUUUGUAGCGUACAAUAUCAACCAUGUCGAUUCUCUCAAAGGAUUUCCUGAACAAGUAGGGGACAGACUGUUCGCCGCCGCGGAGGAAAAACAGAUAUUUUCCGAUCCUGAUGCAGCCCCUAGGGCUCUGCAGUUGUUCAGUGAUGCAUACGGGGACAUAGUGCUCGGGUCACUUUGUUUACGGCAUAGGUUUCCCUUGCUGUCUGAAAAGCUGGAAGAGAUCAAAACGUUUCACAGUCUGAAGUGCCUGGAUCUCUUUGGCUGCAGACUGGGAGACAGCCACGACAUCUUCCAACAUCUUACAUCAGAUGCAUUGUCCAGUAGUCUGGUCCAGCUGUCCCUGGGUGGUAACAGCCUGUCAGACCAGGGUCUCCAGAGACUGACAGCCCCUGUCAGGAUGAUGAGGAGGGGGCUGAGACACCUACAGAUACUGGACCUGUCCUACAACCCGAUCACUGAGAAAGCAGUUGGAUAUCUCACAUGCCUCCCAAAGCUACAAGGUCUUGAUGUAUCAGGAACUAACAUAAAGGUUGGCCCGUCAUUCAAGCAGACCGUGAGGAACACCAUGGGGUUGGUCCUGUCUGAGAAACUACUGGAGGCCUUCGACCACUCCUGUUGUAAAACACAAGGCUGGGCAGAACAGGUUGUAAACCAGUGGGAGUUGAGUGCAACAGAACUGCCCAAACUAUUGAAGAUCCAAGAGUCAAGAACAUCAGCUAUUCGCUUUUUUGGCAGAGAGAAGUUUGUCAGAGGAAUCCUGAGCGCAUCACCUCUGAUCCAGGAUAAAGAACAAGACAAGACCAGGGAGAGGAUACAUUUGUAUAAACCAGCAACAAGCACACACACACAUCAGACCCAAUGCACAGGGGCUAAAAGUGGACAAAUUGAGCACUCGUCACUCAACAGCAUUGAAAUCGCAGGGUCCACCAACGGAUAUGUAAAACCCUGUUCACAGAACAAGAAGAGGCCUCGUAAACACCAGGUCGGGGACAGUGGUCGUCACAGCCCUCCUGUUAAACGUGCUUCUUCAUCACCAGCUCUCACAGCAGGCGAUUUGGAUCUACUCAACAGUUACUGAUGCUUUGUCUCCUUCUCCGUAGCCGAGGUCCACAGUCUCCAAAUGUGUGUGUGUGUGUGGGGCGUGACAAUGCACUGCUCAAUUUGAACUCUUCCUGAUGUCAUGCAUCCAGCAGAGUUCAGCUUCCACCUCUAGGUUAGCUUUGGUGUUUUUUGGUUUUGUUUAAUUGCACUCCUUAGCUGGAGGAACACUUGGAGUGUUUUCUUAGUCAAUCUGUUGCUUAUUUACGUUUUUAACUUUUUACAAAUAAAAUGUGAUUUGUUUUAUUAUUGUAA